GACAACCUCGCUCGAGAUCGUUCCAAGAUGACCAAGGGUACGACCUCGUUUGGUAAGCGGCACACCAAGACGCACACCCUGUGCCGUCGCUGCAACAAGCGCUCGUUCCACCGCCAGCACAAGACGUGCGCGUCGUGCGGCUACCCUGCCGCCAAGAUCCGUUCGUACGAGUGGGGACAGAAGGCCAAGAGGAGAAAGACGACGGGCACUGGCCGUAUGCGCCACAUGAAGGACGUCCCUCGCCGCGCCAAGAACGGUUUCCGCACCGGUGUCGCCACGAAGAAGGUCGCCGCCUCGGCUUAAAGCUGAGGAGCACUUCGAAUUCGACGUGGCAGGCUUCGUGUAGACUAGCAUCAAACGACAGAGGAGGAAGAGGUCCACAUCCAUAUCUCAGCGGCGCAGCGAUUCUGGCUGUGGUCACCAUCAUCACAUUCCUCCCCUUACUGUUCCCUUCACUUCCAUCUUCGGGCUUCUCGUACGUCCACUCAACAAAAUGGCACUAUGACCUACGCACUCAUUUUUCGGCAAUGCUGCCAGCACUUUCUCAUUGUCUGUCAUUCUCGAGCAAACGUCCGGACUUGGAGGGGCUGCUGCUGCUGCAUUGUAUGAUUGAUUUGAUUCAGGAUGAGAGAAUCAUGUCAAAGGCCCAG